AUGGAAUUAAGACAGGUUAAAACGUUUCAACAAAGCUGCAUCUACUGGAUUACAAUACUGAUGAUGUUAACAACAUCGCCAUCAUUCCUGCGCGCCAAUCCCGAAACACAAAUAUUCCGAGUGGACCCGUUAGCGCUACUUUCGGGGACGUUGCGCACAUAUCAACGGGCCGGCUGUGAUCGAGAGCUUGUCACAUUAAGCUGUCCCCGCGGCACGAGCAUCUCGAUCGAGAUAGCACAGUAUGGUCGGAGUGGUGAUGCAAACGAACAAAACCUGUGCCCGGCAAGUACCGAGGAUGCGCUGGACAUCAGCAUACCGGGUACGGAAAUAGAAAUAAAAUCGCCCGAGAGCUGCACCUGGCCAAACGCUUUGCAGUACUCGCUGCUCCAAACAGUCGUGGAUGCCUGCCAAAAGAAGCACCACUGCAAGUUCCGCGCAUCGCCGAAAACCUUCGGUGGCGAUCCGUGCCCGGGCCUGCGGAAGUUCGUCGAGGUGGCCUACAAGUGCCGACCGUUCGAGUUCCGGAGCAAAAUCGCUUGCGAAAACGAUGUAAUUCAAUUAAUUUGCAACCCAUACUCCCGGAUAGCAAUCUACAGUGCGAACUACGGUCGAACCGAGUACGAAAGUCUUCAGUGCGCGCAACCGCAGGGCGUAAAGGAGGAAAAUUGUCUCGCAUCGUACGCCACGGAAACGGUGAUGCAAAAGUGUCACGGACGGCGGAAAUGCACACUUUCGGCGGACAGCACAACAUUCGGCAAACCGUGCCGGCCUGAUUCGAGGAUGUAUUUAAAAGUUGUUUACACAUGCGUGCCUAGAAAGGUGCUGAAGGACCGAUUCGAGGCUGCGCCGGAACCGGACGAACCACUGCAAAGUGACCUCGAACAGGAUCAGGACGAGCUGUACGAUGAGGAUCAAUUUUUCCGCGAAUCGGACGCGGCGCCACCUGGUCCAGCACCAAAGCUUCAGGGUGGGCCAACGAAUGGUCGAGUUUCGGACGUGCCCAUCUAUGUCGGCACAUCGAGCAGUACGGUCGCUUCACCGCCCCGUUCCAUCCACGACAUUAUGGACGACAGUGAUUUUUCGUUCGGAGAAAAUCAGGAGAAGUUCUACCUGUACCUCAUCGUCGCAGUUACGGUCGCCAUCCUGCUCUGCGUGUCGAUCGUGAUCGGGCGGUUGGUGGUGCAGCGGCGGCGCACGGCGAAGGACGGUGACGAUAAAUUCCAAACUUCCAACACCGGCGAAACAACGCUCCCGAACGGCUUCACCGACGAUAUAUCGGAAAUCGAUGCGGAUAUCGAUCUGCAAACGCCCCUGCCGGUGCCGAGCGUAUCGCGUAGCGAUAGCUACGGACCGUACACACCAUCACCGGGACCGUACGGCAAUCUCGGACCGUCGAACAUUUCGCACACCUCCACCACGAUGCUCGUGCCGCCGUGCUCGAUGGGUGCCAUCAUGAGUACGUCCCAGCCGCCCGGGUAUCUUAGCGGUCCCAUCAACAUCAUGCCAUCGCAGUUGGGUUCUAGCAUAGGUGCGAUAAGAACGCCGCUAGCAGCGAUGACAACACUGCCCAGGCCACACCAAGCCUCGCAGCAGCUGCCGCCCGGCUUUCUCGGCGGUUCCGUAAUUGGUACGCAAACGUUACGCCGGCUGUCGAGCGACCACGACGGCAAUACACCCCGCAGUCUCAGUAGAGGAGCGACCAACGCGCAGUACUACUACGGAUGA